UUUUUUUUCAGGUCGAAGAAUUCAAAUUUAUUGUCCCUUCCAAAGAAACCAAAUCCCGUAUUGAAUAUUUAUGGGAAACAACCUUCCAGUACCGUAAUGAAUAUCGCAAGAAAAACGAUUUCCUGUCGUUUUUGGAAGAAUUUCCGGCAGCUGUUGCUUUUCGUGGCCAAAUGAUUUCCUAUGAUUUUCAGCGAAUGUACAACAAUACUACUAACUUUGUAAUUCAGUUCAAUGAAUGGAAGGUGAAAAUAUUAGAUGUUUACAACCACUUGUUUAAAGAGUUGAACGAUGAUUUCAUUCGUUGCUUGGCAAUUAUUCGGAACAAAAAUCCCACCAGAGGAGCGAAACGAAUGAGAAGUGGCAGUUUAAUGCAUGAUAAUCCGCUUCACGAUAUCAUCCAAUGGAUUGGGGUUGAUGAUACUCUUCCGCAAGGCCAUCUAACUCCAGUUCUCGUCGUUAAAGGAGGAAAGAGACUCGAGAGCAGCGGAGAGUGCUUCAUAUCAUGGUCUCAGUUCAACGUCGAUGUUGGCGAUGACUUAAUUGAGGCCUUUUUCAAAUAUUGUUCGUGCUUCGACGUGUUCCACGUGGACAAUAUUGCUAGCGAUAAACAUUUUUUUUAUUCUUCAAGAGUGUCAUUUUUGGAAUUGACCAGUUGA